CUCCCCCUUUCCUCCACCCCCAAGACCAUGUCCUUCCUCCUUGCCGGCUUCGGCGCUUUCCGUUCUAGCUUCCCCGCUUCCGGCGGUCUUGUCCACAAGAUCCCCUGGAAGCUGAACCACUCCCGUAAGGCCAAUGUGCGUGAUCGGCUUGCCAUGAUCGAGAAGACCGUUGCCGCCGUCCGUUCUGUCCACCCUGAGCUCCAUGCCCUGAAAAACAUGGCGCCCCUGCCGAAGACCCCGCGCGAGAAGUACUUCGUUGAGGUCCGCAUGACCCCGAGCAACCCCUCCGGCCUGAAGGGUCUGCACAAGAUCCCCCACUUCACCAAGCUUCCCCGGAACCACGAGAGCCGCAUCCUCUCCUGGUCCAAGACCAAGUAAGGGGGUCCUGUCGUUGCCACUGCCGCUGCCGUCGCCGCCGUCUUUCUGCGUGGAUGAACUGCCUGCUUCUCCCUUGCGGCACUCUCACGGACGAGGAAGGAUGUCCGCCUCGCCUUGGUCUUGGCCACAAUGGCGCAGUCGCGCCUCCCCUCUCCCAUGUCGAGGCCCCUCGCCAUACGCGUGCACAUAUUACAUACACACGCACCCACACGCGCGCACAUACCCUGUGCGGGCAAACGACAUGAGGCAUCGCAUCAUUUCAUCAUUUAGACAGUCCCACCAACUCGGCCAUACCUAUCUUCCUCUCCCCCGUCCUUGUACUUCCCAAAACCCAAGAAAAAAAGUCGCCUAUCCAACAGAUCUGCAUCCAUGAUCGACCCUCUGUUGCCUUGUGUGUGUGUGUGUGUGUGUG